AUGGAAGACUUUUGGAACAUGAUUUGUGAUGAUUCUGCUUGUUCUUCACUUGGAGGAAAACCCUUUUGUUUCGAUUUCGGGGUUCUGAAGGAUCCUUCUUCAUGCAUCAGCCAUUUGUUGAUCAUUUUCCUUGAUAUGUUGUUGCUAAUAGUUUUCACAUUUGUCAUAAUCCAAAAGUGUUUCUUGAGGCCAAUUCAGGCUCAGAAUAGAGUGGAAAAGUAUUCAAAAUUGCAGCUAGUUUCUGCAAUAACCAGUGGCUGUCUCGGUUUGUUGCAUUUGUGCUUUGGCAUUUGGAUUUUAAAUGAGAAGAUAAGGAAAAAUCUCACUGUUUUUCCUCUAUGUUUGUGGCUGCUAGAACUUCUUUGGGGAUUCACAUGGAUGUUAGUUGGUCUAAGUACAAGUGUUUUGCCAAAACAUCUUUCAAGAACAUGGUUGAGAUUGUUUUCGAUUAUGAUAUUCUUUGUUUCUGGUGUUCUGUGUGGUUUUUCCUUAUCUUAUGCAUUUGGCAGCAAAGAAUUGUCUCUUAAGGUAGCUUUAGAUGUUUUAUCUUUCUUGGGAGCAUUUUUGCUGCUCUUUAGCACAUACAAAGCAUGUAAAUAUGAAGAUACUGAUGAGGAAAUUCAUGGUAGUUUAUAUAGUCAGGUCCAUGAUGAUGAUCUCAUUAACCGUAUAAGCGUAACCCCAUUUGGAAGUGCGGGAUUCUUUAGUAGAAUGUCAUUUUGGUGGUUGAAUCCGCUGAUGAAAGCGGGUCAAGAUAAAAUACUUCAGGACGAGGACAUCCCAAAGUUACGCGAAGCAGAUAGAGCAGAAGUAUGCUAUUCGUUAUUUAUAGAUCAAUUGAAUAGACAAAAGCAGAAGGAUCUGUCAUCACCGUCAUCCGUUUUAUGGAUAAUAAUUUUGUGCCACCGGAGAGAGAUUUUAAUAUCAGGGUUCUUUGCAUUUCUUAAGGUACUCACUCUAUCUUCUUGUCCUGUAAUUUUGAAUGCCUUUAUAUUGGUGGCUGAGGGUAAUAAAAGAUUCAAAUAUGAAGGUUACUUGUUGGCCAUAUCGCUUUUAUUUACAAAGAUUUUAGAAUCCUUAUCUCAAAGACAGUGGCAUUUUCGUUCUAGACUUAUUGGUAUGAAAGUUAGGUCAUUAAUCACUGCAGGCAUUUAUAAGAAACAACUGAGAUUAUCGGACGCUACUAGACUGGUUCACUCUAGUGGCGAGAUAAUGAAUUAUGUGAAUGUAGAUGCGUAUAGAAUUGGAGAAUUUCCGUUUUGGUUUCACCAAACAUGGACAACAGUUCUCCAACUAUGCAUCGCAUUAGUAAUUCUUUUCCGUGCUAUUGGUCUAGCAACAAUUGCAUCAUUGGUGGUGAUAGUUUUGAGCGUGAUUUUAAAUACUCCACUAGCAAAGUUACAACAUAAGUUUCUAAGCAAACUUCUGCUGGCUCAAGAUGAAAGGUUGAAGGCUUGUUCAGAGGCUCUAAUGAAUGUUAAAGUGUUGAAGUUAUAUGCAUGGGAAAACCAUUUUAAAAACGUGAUUGAAAGUCUAAGAAUUGUUGAACUAAAAUGGUUGUCUUCGGUGCUUUUACAAAAGGCAUAUAGUGUGAUUCUCUUUUGGUUUUCACCUAUUUUGGUCUCUACUGCCACCUUUGUGGCUUGUUACUUGAUCAACAUUCCUUUACAUGCAAAUAAUGUUUUCACAUUCAUCGCAACUUUGUGCCUUGUGCAAGAUCCUAUUUCAACCAUCGGAGAUGUUGUUGGCGCGAUCAUUCAAGCAAAGGUUUCCUUUUCUCGGGUUUUGAUAUUUCUCGAGGCACCUGAACUAAAUACUACAGUUUUCAGAAAGAGGUGCUAUGAUGAGAAGUUGAAGGGCUCAAUUCUAAUCAAGUCUGCUGACUUUUCAUGGGAAGAUAGUUUAUUGAAGGCAACGAUAACAAAUAUAAACUUGAAUGUCAAUGUUGGGCAAAAGAUAGCUAUUUGCGGAGAAGUUGGUUCAGGAAAAUCAACUUUAUUAGCAGCAAUUCUCGGAGAAGUACCGAAUACUAAAGGGAAAAUCAAAGUUUAUGGGAAGUUUGCAUAUGUUUCUCAAACAGCAUGGAUACAAAAAGGAACAAUACAAGAAAAUAUUUUGUUUGGAUCGCCUUUGGAUGCUAAAAGGUAUCAAGAAUCGCUUCGUCGGUCUUCGCUCAUGAAGGACCUUGAGUUGUUUCCAUAUGGUGAUCUAACAGAGAUAGGAGAGAGAGGUGUUAAUCUAAGUGGAGGGCAGAAGCAGCGAAUUCAACUUGCUCGGGCUCUUUAUCAGAAUGCUGAUGUAUAUCUCUUGGAUGAUCCUUUUAGUGCUGUUGAUGCGCACACUGCAAAAAUAUUGUUCCAUGAAUACAUAUUGGAAGGACUUGCCAGAAAGACAGUACUUCUUGUGACUCAUCAAGUUGAUUAUCUCCCUGCAUUUGAUUCUAUCUUGUUGAUGUUAGAUGGAAAAAUCCAACAAGCUGGUACUUAUAAUGAUUUACUAACCUUUAGCCAAGAAUUUAAGGACUUUGUUAAUGCACACAAAAAGACGGUUGGUUCUUGCCAGCUUGCAGAUGUUACUUCAUCCCGAAUACAUUCAAAGUCUAAUAAAGAGAUGAAACAACAUUUCACAAAGAAAAACCUUAAUGAUAUAAUUGGAGAUGAGUUUAUUAAGGAAGAAGAGAGAGAAAAGGGAGACACGGGGAUGAAGUCUUACUUACAAUAUCUCAAUCAGAAAAGAGGCUAUAUAUACUUCUUUGUCAGUUCUUUUUCUCACUUCAUGUUUAUGAUUUGUCAAAUACUCCAAAACUCAUGGAUGGCUUCUAGUGUUGACAAUCCUCAAGUCAGCACAUUGAAAUUGAUUACAAUUUACCUAUUGAUUGGAAUUACUUCUAUAAUUUUUGUUAUAAUGAGAAGUCUAUUUGCAGCUGCUUUGGGUUUUCAAUCAUCGGAAAAUUUGUUUAGACAGCUGAUAUCUUCUCUUUUUAGUGCAUCGAUGUCUUUCUAUGACACCACACCUUUGGGGAGGAUACUUAGUAGGGUCUCAUCGGAUUUGAGCAUUGUAGAUCUUGAUAUCGCUUUUAACUUCACAUAUUAUGUCGCAUCCAUUAUGAAUCAUUAUGCAAAUAUACUAGUUUUAUCAUCUGUCGCUUGGCAAGUCUUGCUUUUGUGUAUACCAAUGGCUUAUGUUACUAUUCGUUUACAGAGACACUACAAUGCAUGUGCAAAAGAACUUAUGCGGAUGAAUGGAACAACAAAAUCUUCUGUAGCUAAUCAUGUAGCUGAAACUUAUGUUGGAGCUAUGACAGUAAGGGCUUUCGAGGAGGAGGCUCGAUUUGUCAACAAGAAUCUUGAUUUAAUUGAUGUUAAUGCCAGUGCUUCCUUUCACAGUUUUGCCUCAAAUGAGUGGUUGAUUCAACGAUUAGAAGUAAUCUACGCAAUUGUUCUUGCCUCUGCAGCACUAUGCAUAGCAAUGCUUCCUUCAGGGACGUUUACAUCGGGUUUUAUUGGUAUGGUCCUUUCUUAUGGCCUUUUAUUAAACACUUCUAUAGUAUACUCCACUCAAUACCAAUGCAUUCUAGCAAAUUAUAUAGUAUCAGUAGAGAGGAUAAAUCAAUACACUCACAUACAGAGUGAUAAUCAAGAAGUGAUGGAAGGAAAUCAUCCUCCACUUAAUUGGCCAAAUGCAGGAAAAGUAGAAAUAAAAGACUUGAAGAUACAAUACAAACCUAAUGGACCAUUUGUACUUCAUGGUAUCACAUGCACAUUUGAAGGAGGGAACAAGAUUGGUAUUGUUGGUAGAACAGGUAGCGGAAAAUCAACUCUCGUAGCUGCUUUGUUUCGUCUUGUGGAGCCAACAAGAGGAAAAGUUUUAGUUGAUGGAAUAGAUAUAUCAUCUAUUGGCCUUCAUGACUUGAGGUCAAGUUUUGGAAUUAUACCUCAGGAUCCCACCUUAUUCAUUGGAACAAUUAGAUAUAACUUGGAUCCUUUAUCUCAACAUUCUGAUCAACAAAUAUGGGAGGUUCUUCGAAAGUGCCAGCUGCAAGAAGUUGUCGAAGAUAAAGGCGGCUUAGAUUCCUCAGUUGUUGAAAAUGGAACAAACUGGAGCAUUGGACAAAGGCAAUUAUUCUCUUUAGGGCGUGCGCUUUUGAGGAAAAGUAGGAUAUUGGUGUUAGAUGAAGCAACUGCAUCAAUUGAUAAUGCAACUGAUUUGAUUCUUCAAAAUACCAUUAAAUCAGAAUUUAAUGGUUGUACAGUCAUAACAGUAGCACACAAGAUACCAACUGUGAUGGAUUGCAAUAUGAUUCUUUCCAUAAGUGAUGGAAAAUUGGUGGAGUAUGAUGAACCAUUGAAGUUGAUGAAGAGAGAAAAAUCGUUGUUUGGAAACCUUGUAAGGGAAUAUUGGUCUCAUUUUCAGUUUGCAGAAUCACAUUAA